AUGGAGCUUCGAGCACAGGAGCUUUCGAGCAUCGCUUGGAGCUUUGCGAACUUACGACCUCAGCAGGAUCAGCUGGUCGAAGCUAUCUCUGGCGCUUGCCUGGCGCGGAUGAAGCAGAUGGACGCGCAGGGCACUUGCAACGUUGCAUGGGCUUUUGCCACGUUUUCACCUCCAAACGCGCCGCUGCUCUACGCCUUGGCCGAGCGCGUGGGCGAAGCACCGAAGCUCAAUGCGCUGGACCUCACGAACCUUGCCUGGUGCUUUGGCGUCUUAGACUUGCCCAAGGAGCACCAGGGCUGGACGUCGAUCUCAGGUGCUGCAGAGGAUUUGAUCAACACCUUCACCCAGUCCUUAGCUCGAACCGCUGGGAAGGGCAACAUCGACCGUCAGUUCAUGCGAUCCCUGCGCGAUGAGAUGCUUUCGGUGGUCCAUGCAUUUGCCAAUUUCAGUCAUUUGACCGACGCCGUGUACCGCGCGGCGCUGCGGAGCCUCACCACGGCGGCCCAGGUUCUUGAAGGCGACACUGCAGGCAAGCCGCUGGUCAUCGAAGCACUCAGAAGCGGCCCCUCGAUCUUGUUGCAACAAGGUGACCUCUACGUGCUCCAGAAGCCCCCGGGCUGGAACGUCUCCGUGGGCUACGACGAGAUCGACACGCCCAAGGUAGCGACAUUUACCAGAGGACAACAUGUGCAAGAUUGGCUCCUGCGCUCUGCGAGCGACCUGCCGGUGGUACAGGAUGCAGCGGCGCAGCACGGUAUUCUGCACCGUCUGGAUGUGAACACCUCAGGAGUGCUACUCUGUUCAAAGACCUACCUAGGCUACUUCUUGGCACAGCUGCAGUUCGUGGCGCGCAAGGUCCAGAAGUAUUACGUGUGCUUGUGCACCAGACACCUGUCGGCACCUCGGAUGUUGCAGCACCCGCUGCUGGAGGGCGAGGGUGAUGCGCACGUGACCAGCAUCAGCAAGAGAGGUCGCUUGAGCCGCACGGAGCUUCUCUCGGCGGUGCACUUGUGGCAUCCACAAUUGGGACCUGUGAGCCUCGUCCAGAUCUUGCUGCACACGGGCCGGCGGCAUCAGAUCCGCGCGCACUUGGCCUACGAAGGACAUCCCUUGGUCGGUGAUGCCACCUACGGUGGUCCAGAGGGCCUUGAUUGGUGUCCCCGGACCUUCCUCCAUGCCUCCAGGCUGAUUCUUGACGCGGAGUUGGCCGGUGGACGGUUGGACGCCAGCUGCCCGUUGCCGGAGGACCUGAAGGCGGCCCUCAAAGGGCUCCAGGCAGUGGACCCCCGAGCGCGAGCGGCGCAGUUGUCUGCUGCGCAGCUUUCUGCGGCGCAGACUGGCGCGGCGAGGACCAAAAAAGACCACCGACCGGAAAGGAGUCCAAAACUCCUCAUGUGGGCAUGGUUUUCUCUGUCAGCCAGGAAGGUGCUAUCUCUUGGAGGAAAUGCCCUAAACAAAAUCAUACAAAACCCAUUGGCCACUAACCAGCACUUCCCCAAAUCGACUGGCCAAGUCACUGAGAGGAACAGGCUUCGCCUUCCAAGGAGAUCAUGUUCCUUGACCCUGUCGACCCUCCGAGCACUCCCCGGUGAUGGGCGUCCUUCGUUUGCUUCGCUUGAAGCUCUACAAGCUGAGGUGCAGCGCCUGCGAGCAGAGUUGAAGGUCUGGCAAAGUACCGAAGGAGGGUCGCCACUGGCAGCGCAAAGCCACUGGAAGGCUGAGAGGGAUGAGCUCUCUCGGAAGCUCAAAGAGCAGUUAGACAAGGCGUCGGUUUUGGCCGAAGCCUCGCGGCAGGCAGAGCCAGAGGAGGAGGUCCAACGGUUGGAAGAUGAGGUGGCGCACCUGCGAGCUGCGCAGCAACGUGCGCAAGAGCAACACCGGCGAGUACAAGAGGCAGAGUCGCAGACGCAGGAGGAGUUCCAGCUUUUGCGGAGAAGACUCGAGGUGGAGCGUGAGCUGACAGCUGCCCAGGAGGCUCAACUGGGCAGCCUUCGAGAGACCAUCGCUGCGGUGAGGCAGCAGGUGCUCCAAGCGACGCGGGAGAACACCGAACUGCGGAGCACGUUGGCCAGUCAACAAGAGAUCUUGCGACAGCUGCGGUCAGCUCCCUGA